AGUGUUUAAAAACGGAAUCGGACCAGACGGACCCAGAUACUGCGGUUAUUUAUUACCGAAAAACUGCGAUUGCGAAGUUAGCUUGUUGACAACCCGCCCCCUUCUCACAAUGUGUUUUGGAUUUUGAUGCUAGUUCCAAGGUUGAACCACUUUCUCUUCCUGUCAUAUAAAAAGUCAGCCCUCUCAACACAUUUGGAGACUUUCUUUCAAGAAGCCACGGCAUCAUGUCUGUCACAACCACCGCAGUCCUCAUGCCGUGGGUGGAUGCCCCAAAAGACCUGUACGACCCAGCCGGUCCCCAUGAAAACGGUUCCCCACCGAGCCCACCAUUGCCCAAGGACCCCGUCCGACUGAAGAAAUUGGUGCGCAAGGGCCAGUGGCCAGAGGAGCACAUUUUGCGGAAAGAACUGUGGCAUCACAUCUGCAUGCGGAACGUUGUGGCUGCGGGCAGUGUGUACAAAGAAACGGCCAAAGCUUUAUUUGGGGACGAAGGCCAAAGUUCAGAUGAGAAUGCCAACCCUGACUACCAGACCUUUGGCAACGAGGACCACCUGACCACUUACCGUCUGACAGCAACCGGUCAAGACCAGCUGAGACGUCUCCUGUGCGUCCUGGCCCACACCCGACCGGACAUCAACUACUGCCCUCUCCUGCAUCCCGUGGCCGCACUCUUGCUGCACUACAUGGACGCGGAGCGGGCGUUCGAUUGUCUCGCGGCCCUGCUGGGGAGCAAGCGGUACAAAUACCUGGACCAGAGCUGGGUGGAGUACGAAGCCUUCCGGGGCAGCUUCACCAAACUGGCCAAGAAAUUUGCCAAUCAGGCCCAUUCUUUGAUUGCUAAACAGGGCAUGGAGCCAGGGCUUGUCUACAAGGACUGGAUCUGGUGGAUCCUGGAGGAUCUUCCCUUCACACACCUGGUCCGGGUGAUUGACGCUUAUCUCAUGGAAGGUUUGAAGAUCUUCUAUCGUGUUUCUCUGGCAAUACUCCAGCUUUUCAACAAGAAGAGGAAAGGUAACAAGGCUGCACAAUCCCGUGAUUUCGCAUCCGGCGUUCGGCACUUUGCUCAGCACAUCCCGGUCAGCGCAGACGUCUUGCUGACAAUGGGUUUCCAGUUCCGAGGGCUGUCCCGUACUGUCAUCGACACGUACCACACCAAAUUCAAGCAGAACAUCCGAGACUCGGGCAUGGUGCCACCGGUCAAGAACACCAAUAAAGGAAUGGCGGUGGUGCUAAAUGAGAUUAAUUCUUCCAUUAUCAAUCCCAAGCAGCUUCAAUCUCUUUGGAGGUGGCUUCCGGACAGAAUGGCGCUCAAACAACCUCAUAUCGUCUUCACCACGGCCGAAAAUGGCAUCAGUCUCAGCACUUUCUACAACAUGUGUGAGGACGAAGAACCGACCAUUCUUCUUGUCAAAACAUUGGAUAAUGAGAUCUUUGGGGCAUACCUGUCUUGUCCAUGGAGCACUCGUAACAGCGCCGAACUGAAGACAUCUUACUUUGGCAACGGUGAGAGCUUUCUCUUCUCCAUCACGCCCUGGGAGCAGAAAUUCCCCUGGGUGGGGCUGAGCGACAGACCGGACAAGGGACCGGUGGACACAGCCAGCCAGUUGUUCAUGCGGGGGACGAGAGAGUUGCUGUCCAUUGGCGGAGGUGAUGGCGAGGGACUGCAUUUAGAGAGCGAUAUAUCCAACGGCUGGAGUGAAGCUUGCCGGACGUAUGGCAACCAGCCGCUUUCUGCUAAGCGUAACUUCCAGAGUGAAUUCAUCGAGGUGCUAGCGUUCCACGAAGCGAGCAACAAAGAGCCAGAGGAGAGAGCAGAUACCCAGGCAGACACCGCGACAAAACCGGUGACAACACCAGAGCCAGAAGGGGAGACAACAGCAGACCCAGAAGCGGAACCGGUGACAGAAACGGUGGGGGAACCCCAGGGAGAAACCCAGGCAGAGGACUCAGCACAGCAACCGGCGACGGAAUUAGCUGACGACCAGUCACCCUCUGGUGAGAGUGGGGAGUGACGUUAGUUACCGCCUGCCAUUGCAAAUUGAGGUUUCUUAGCCGUGAACAUUUGGCCAGUUAAACACUGGUGCAGUAUUGAAGGUGAAUAUUGGGGGACAAUCCUCAUAAGGACCUAACAGGUCACUGCGUACCCGAAAAGAUUUAGGUCUGCUCCCUGAAAUAUUUGAUGGAUUAAUCCAAGCAAGUACAUUCAGAUGGCACUUAGUGCAGGCUUAAUGUCAAUUUAGGGGUUGGUGUGUUUGUUCUCACUUUGUGCGUGGUUCAUAUUAACGAAAAGUACAUUUUAUAUUGCAUGUGUAAGUGAUGGCUGAAAAUGAUGGGGUCUGAAAUCUGUAUAUAAUAUUUAUGUGACUGUUGCGUGGAGUUACAUGUACAUUUUAUUCAUGUUUUGUGGACACGACAUGAAACUUGUAUGUGUUUGUAAGUUGAGGCAUAAAGGAAUUUAAAUUAAAAAAAAAAAUUGGUGAAGGCGUAGAAGUUUUUGAAGCUACAUAUAUCAGGCCAAAAAAAUAAAUAGUCGGUCUCUGGUCAGACCGAAGUUCCAGAA